AUUAUUUUAAUUAAUUGAUUGACAAAUAUUAAAAAAAAAAGAAAGAAAAGAAAAAGAAAAAAGAAAGCAGAGUACCUAUAUUCCUAAUUCAAAGUCUUCCUUUUUACUCCCUUUUAAGUUUUAACUCUUUCCAUCCAUCCUAUUAUCCUGUCUUUCUCUUUCUGCAAAUAAAUUCUCAAAAAUUUCUCAGUUGAAAUUCAUUGAUAGUGACUUUAACUAAUUCUUACUGUUUUUUUUAUAUAUUUUUUUUCUCUCUCCUCAUUUAGACUUUUAGUAUUGCUCUGUUUUAAAACAGGAGAAAAGCAGAGUUCACAAAUCUCCCUAAAAAAAAAAAAAGAUAAGAACUUGUUGAGUUUUUGGGGAUAAUUUGGUGAAAAAGAUGACGGUUGAACAAAGAGAAGAUGAAUCAAUUGAUCAAUUUCCAGUGGGCAUGAGAGUUUUGGCUGUUGAUGAUGACCCUAUUUGUCUUAGGCUUCUGGAAUCUCUCUUGAGAAAAUGCCAAUAUCAUGUUACGACGACAAGCCAAGCCAUUAAGGCUCUGAAGAUGCUGAGGGAAAACAAGAACAUGUUCGAUCUCGUGAUUAGCGAUGUUCAUAUGCCGGACAUGGAUGGUUUUAAGUUGCUUGAGUUUGUUGGGCUUGAGAUGGACCUGCCUGUUAUAAUGCUGUCUGCUAAUGGUGAUCCCAAGCUGGUAAUGAAAGGGAUUACGCAUGGAGCUUGUGAUUACUUGCUUAAGCCCGUGAGGUUGGAGGAGCUGAAGAAUAUCUGGCAGCAUGUAGUCAGGAGAAAGAAGUUUGAUCCUAAGGACCGAAACAGCUCUUACAGCCUGGACAAGAAUUCCGGUGGAGAUAAUGGAACUGGAGGUGCAAACUCUGAUCAAGAUGCGAAAUUUUGUAGAAAGAGGAAGGACCAAAACGCGGAUGAUGAUGAAGACGAAGAUGAGGAUGAUAAUGAAAAUGAAGACCCUUCUGCUCAGAAGAAACCCCGUGUUGUCUGGUCCGUGGAUCUGCAUCGCAAGUUUGUUGCUGCUGUUAACCAGCUUGGUCUUGAGAAAGCUGUGCCUAAGAAAAUCCUGGAGUUAAUGAAUGUCGAUAAGCUUACUAGAGAAAAUGUGGCCAGUCAUCUCCAAAAAUAUCGAUUGUAUUUGAAAAGAAUCAGCGCAGUGGCUAAUCAGCAAGCUAACAUGGCUGCCGCGUUUGGAGGACCUGAUUAUCUCAGAAUGAACGCAGUGAAUUUUCAUGGCUUCAAUGCGAGUCCACAAUUCCAUAACAACUCUCUGAGACCCAUCCCGCCCCCUGGAGUCCUGGGCAGGUUGAACACUCCAGCUGGGAUGGGCGGCCUUCACGGACUCCCUCCUUCUGGACUUAUUCAGUUGAGCCAGCCCCAAAAUCCAACUUCUUCCAUCACUGACUCCAAAUUCCACCCCAACUUGUUUGCUGGGGAUCAUACUGGCAAUGUACUUCAAGGGAUGCCGACAUCAUUGGAAUUUGAUCAACUCCACAAAAAUAAUACCAUCUUAAGUGGCUCAAGCAAUUCAAUUCUCAGCCUUCCUAACAGUUCAUUGACGAUGCAAGGUCGUUCUUCUCAAGAAAGACAAAGUCUUGACAGUUUUGAGGUGAACAUGAAUUCUGCCCCUAACUUGUUGGAUCAUAAUAGAUGUAGUAGCAGUUGGCCUGCAGCUGUCCAAUCGCAGCCAAAUUCUAUGAGUCCCAUGGACAAUAGGGUGCAUGAUUUUUCACCAAAUAUCUCUAUCCAAAACCGGUUGCAGAACUCGAACAUGAUGGGUGAGAAUAUGAUGCAGAACACGAGUCAUGUGGCCAAGCAAGUAUGGGAUGUAGAUUUUUUGGAUGGCUCGGCGAAUCCUUCAGUGACUGGCACUCACAGUGCAUACAAUCCAAGCAGCAGGAAUAGAGAUACAGGAUAUGAUAUGAUGGGACAACCGGGGUUUGAUUGCUUAGCCACCCAGCAUGACCAGAUGCUCCAAAAUUCAGCAGUUGACGUGACAAGAAAAACAAAGCAAGGGCAGUUCAUGGAACAAGGAGGGAGGCCUCUGGGCAACUAUAAUGCUGGUAAUGGUGCCGGGUCUUUGGAAGAUGUUGUGACUGCGAUGUUUAAGCCUGUAUGAUCUUUCGUUUUCUUUGUGCAGGAACAGGAUGUGAAAAUGUUGAAGAAUGGGGAUUUUGAAUCUGAUAUGUAUUCCUAGUUAGUUGAAGGCUUGUUUAAUGGUAGAAGGUAAACAGGAGAAGCACAGCCCGAUUCAGGGAAUCUCCUUUAUUUGUAAUUUUAUGAUACAUUUGCUACCUUUGUUUUAGGCUAAGUAGUUGCUGUUCUAAAUAAAUGUUAUGGUUAGUUGGUACUCAGAUGCUUACCAUGCCCCAUUCUCUAAUUUAAGGUUUUGUUCUUUUCACAUGAA